AUGUCAUUUGGAAAGAGGAAAUUGACUUCAACUAUGUGGGAGCACUACAAAAGACAGAAAAUUGGUGAGAAAUGGAAGGCUAUAUGCAAUUAUUGCAAGAAACAGUUAGGGGGUGAAAUCAAAAAUGGUACAAAGCAUUUGCACGAUCAUUUGAAGAGACGUGUACUCCGUUAUAAGGAUAAUAAUCACCAAACAACAUUAAAUUUCAAAAAGGACGCCACAAGUGGCAAUGUCACAAUGGGUGCUUACUCUUUGGAUCCAUAUAAGUGUAGAUAUAUUCUUUCGAAAAUGGUGAUUUUGCAUGAGUAUCCUUUGUUUAUGGUUGAUCACAUUGGAUUUCGAGAGUUCUUGCAUGACCUACAACCAUUGUUUAAGGUUUUUUCUCGCAACACUUUAAAGAGCGACAUUUUGAAAAUCUAUGAAUAUGAGAGAGCCAAAAAUAUGAUUGCACUUGAGAAGAUCGAGAGUAGAAUUUCGAUCACUACCGACAUGUGGACCUCUUCUAAUCAAAAGAGAGGAUUCAUGGUUAUCACUGCUCAUUUCAUAGAUGAUGCAUGGAAAUUACAGAGUCGAAUCAUGAGGUUUAUAUAUGUGUCGUGCCCACACACCGUUGAUGUGCUUUCAGAAACUCUAUUAAGCAGCUUGAUGGACUGCAAUAUUGAUCGUCAGUGUUGUGCACAUAUAUUAAAUCUUAUUGUGAAUGAUGGGUUGGACAUUAUUAGUGGUAGUGUUGAGAAAAUUCGUGAUAGUAUUGCUUAUUGGACAGCCAUGCCAAAGAGAUUUGAAAAAUUUGAGCUCUUUGCACGCCAGUUGAAAAUUGAUUGUGAGAAAAAAUUGAGAGAAUCACGAUAUAAUUGUUUCCCUAGUGAUGGUGAUUGGGAUUUAGAAAAGAAAUAUUGGCUUGAAUCUCCUUAUUUGGAAGUUCAAAUGAUGGCAACCAGUAUGAUGGAAAAGUUUAAUAAGUACUGGAGCGAUAUUCAUGGAGUUUUGGCUUUAGCAGCAGUGUUGGAGCCGAGUAACAAUGCUGUAAGUGAGAUUGACAAAAUAUAUCAAGUUUGUAGCAAGUUGGUGCACGAUUAUCAGAAGAAGAAUUUUUCAAGUGGGUCUUUAACUCAGUCUUCUAUUUCUUCUUGUCAAACCGAGACGUCAAGUGCUAAUAAUAAAUCAGAUCGCAUGGCGGAUUUUUAUAAAUUUGUUUCUAAUGUUGAAGUUCCUAGUAGUGUGAAAACCGAGCUUGAUACUUUUUUGGAUGAGCCUAUAUGGCCUCGGUCGGAUGAUUUUGAUAAAUUGACAUGGUGGAAAGUGAAUUCAAUCAAAUAUCCGACAAUAUCUCAAAUUGCAAAAGAUAUUUUGGUCAUCCCAGUAUUUACUGUGGCAUCCGAAUCUGCUUUCACGAAUUCUGCGCCAUCUGCAUAUUUUGGAAGUUGCUUCAAGAUGAAUGAUGAGGAUGUUGAUGAAGAGGAUCCAUUUUCCACAAUCUCUGAACCUGCCGAUGAAUAA